AAGCUUCCCCAACAAUGAACCAGCAGAAUCCUCCGAUGCAGAACUUAAAGCCUGACCAAUGCCCUAACCUUCCAAACCUCCCUUCAUUUUUCUCUUAUUUGUUCUUCUUUCAUCCUCUGAUUGUGUGUAUAUUGUGUGCUUUUAAAUAAUCUUUUAAUUUGAUUGCCAUUCCAGGUCAAUGGCAGCUUCAUCAGACACGUGGAUAAAAGAAUAUAAUGAAGCAGCAAAAAUUGUUGAUGAUAUCAAUGGCCUGAUAUCUGAGAGGAUUUCCUUACCUGCAUCAGGACCAGAAACUCAGCGUCACUCAUCGGCUAUUAAAAGGAAGAUUACGAUUUUAAGGACUAGACUUGAUGGAUUGCAGUCCCUUUUGUCUAGACCUACUGGGAAGCCCUUAACAGAGAAGGAGAUGAACCGUCGCAAGGAUAUGGCUGCAAAUUUGAGAUCAAAAGCAAAUCAGAUGGCUUCUGUAUUCAAUAAGUCAAAUUUUGCAAACCGAGAUAACUUGUUAGGGCCUGAAACAAAGGUUGAUGCCAUGAGUAGGACUAUAGGGUUGGAUAACUCUGGUCUUGUUGGUCUUCAACGACAAAUCAUGAAAGGCAAGUUAUUUUAGUUUCAAAUGGCAUCCCUGCUGGAUUGUAUAAUUGCUUUAGUUUCCUAAACUGAUGAACGUGUCUUUUUCAAGCAGAGCAAGAUGAGGGUCUUGA